CGUAACCUACCCCCAAAAGAUGUCACUCCCGAGAACAUCGGUAAUCGUUAUUUAGAAUUCAUCUUAUAUUGCAAUCCUUCGGCCCCUUCGGAUUUAGAUGUCUCGUCGUUGAUACGCUCAUUCAACGCCGUACCGAAAUCUGAUGGUAAAACCUUCGAAACCUGGGUCCUAUUUCAGCUCGUUGCCAAGCACCACUCGGGCGAAAUCAAAACUUGGACCAAAUUGGCUCAACAAUUGGGCGUCGAACGUACCAACGAAUCAAGUCCUCAGAAAAUUCAACAAUACGCCGUCAGACUAAAGCCCAACGAGUACUACGAUGAACCCAACAAGAAUCCCACUGGCGCCGAACCGCCAAGCAGCAGCGGUGCGGAUGAUUUGGAUGAAAGUGAUUUGGUGUUGAAGUUGAUCAGACGGGCUAGCAAUAAACGACAAAAGAGGAAAUACACGCGUCGUAAUAAUAGCGGUAGCACCGAUUCUGGCAACAACGGUGGAAACGUCAAUGAUGGUGACGAGGACGAUGAGGAGGACGACGAUUUGGACCUUGACGACGGAGACGCUAAAUCCGAAAAACAUCGUGGGAAACGUAUCAAAUCAGAGGUCGCCUAUUCGGAUAGGAGCGACGAAGAGCCCGACGAAGAUGAGGAUCGAGAUGCUUGGGAAGACGUCGAAGACGUCAUGCACAUUGACAAUCCAACCGCAUCUUCAUCAAAGAACGUGGAUGGAAAAAAGGCAGGAUCGUUGCGUAAAAAGAACGUCACCCAUGUUCAGUUCGCCUCCACGCGAGAGAACAUACCCAAACUUGGUAAACCGAAACAUAUCAUCACUCAUAACAUUCCUACACCCAAUCCUUCGCCUACCACCAUGCCUGACAUAAAACUUAAUUACAAUCCCUCAGGUGGCGCCGGCGAGACCGGAAAUCUCCGUAUGGUUCCCAGUCCUAGUGCAGCUGGCAGUCCCGGCACGCCGCAGCUGCGAUGGAGAAGUAUCGCUGUGGGCGGGGGUCCCACUUCUGCACAAGCGGGUGAUGUGCCGAACUCUCAGUCACGGAAACAAAGUGGUGACACUUUAGCCUCCGGGCAUUUUGACAGUUUUAGAAUUCAGAGUAAACGCCAGCAAAAGCAACAGUCACCACAACAGGACCGACAAUCCGUCGAUUCAAAUUGGGCGUGGAAUACUAAUAGCGCUAGCAAUUCAUCGUCGGGUACCCUCGGUGGACUCGCACCCGAGGCUUCGAAGGACAAUAAUGAUAGUGGCUCCUACGCGGAAAUGCUCAUUCCGCCCACCAACGUUUCCAACGAUCCUAAUGUCAUGAUCAAUCUGCUUCAGGAGAAGUUGGUCAAAGCGGUGGGAAUGUUGGAGGAAAAUCAGCGUGAGAUUAGCAUGUUGAAAAAUGUCGUGAGGCAGCGAGAAGAAGAA